AAAUGAAUAAUUACGCUCAUAUCGGUCAUUUUUAAAACAAUGAUAAUCGAAAAACCUCAAAUCGCCCUACGAUCGUCCCUUCGAUGCAACUCAGCCCCAAAGGACCCCAUCCAGACCGAAAAAUAAAUUUCUAGAAAGACAGUUUUUCAUCUAACUGACAUCAAAACAAAUAUAACAGUAUCAGACAGUUUGCAUGGCAGUGCAGGAGGUAGAAAAUUGGGUGGCGUUGUAAUGACAGAAACUGGGCAAAAAGGUAACUCGUAAGAUGGACCAGCAAUUCUGCCUGCGUUGGAAUAAUCACCCCACGAACCUCACAGAUGUCCUGAGCAGUCUGCUUCGGAGGGAGGCCCUUUGCGAUGUGACGCUGGCGUGCGAUGGGGAAACCUUCAAGGCUCACCAGACGAUCCUGUCGGCGUGCAGCCCCUAUUUUGAGACGAUAUUCAUCCAAAAUGCUCACCCCCAUCCCAUCGUAUUCCUCAAAGAUGUCAAUUACAACGAAAUGAAAGCGCUGCUGGAUUUUAUGUAUAAAGGUGAAGUGAACGUGUCACAGAACCUCUUACCGAUGUUCCUAAAAACGGCCGAGGCCUUGCAAAUUAGGGGCUUGACCGAUAAUAAUUCGUUAAGUAGUAAAAAUGAUGAUAUAGCUGAAGUGCCAAGAAGAGAAAAAGAGAGAGAACGACUCAUGGAGAGGGACUCGCCACCCAUCGAGAAACGCAAAAGGAAAUCGUCUUCAAACUGUGAUAAUAUGACGUCAAACUCAAUUUCUGAACGAUAUAAUGACUCUCAGGCAUCAUCUCAAAGCAACUAUAAAGCAAGUCCAACGCUGCCAAAGUUAAAUCCAAUUUCACCUGUCGACAGAGAAAAUCUGAGUGCCGAAGAUAUGAGGAUGUCAUCACCACAUAUUAAACAAGAACCUGGUCAUGAUUCGAGUCCGCAUGUCGAUUCUUUUCACUCGAUGUCUGAAGCUUUACAAACAGGUGGAAGUGUAAGCGUUCAUCCAGAAGAUAUUAAAUCACUGGGCCCACAUUCGUUAUCAGAUCAAACUGAAUCAGAUGGUACUCCACCUAUACCUCCUCCCGAAGCAACAGAUACUAUAGAUGAUAUAAAAUGCUACAAGGUGUCGCAAUUAUUUGAAAGAGUCGGAUCGAUGGAUGAACGAAGGAGAUGUGUACUAUGUGGAAAAAUUGUGAGCAAUACACGUAAUCAUUAUUAUGUACACUUCCCAGGACAGUAUUCUUGUGCGCAUUGUCCAGCAGUGUACACACGUAGUGAUACUUUAUUACUGCAUAUGAGGACAAAACAUCCGACGGUUGCUUAGCUGAUAUUUGGUGAUUAGAAUGGUUUGAUCGGACAUAGUCAAGUGAGUCUUCAUAUUCAUUUUGGUUGAUACCAAACUGUGCAGACGGUUUAAUUCUAGCGAGCCAAAAGUUAGAUUAGUUAAUACUCAUAGUGGAACAAUCGAAAUCAAUCGAGUAUUUUUAAGCGAUGCUCAUGCAUAUUAUAAUGAAAAUCAACUCAAGUUAGUACAGUCAGGAGAAAACUUUCUAGUCUUAAUUUUUUAAAACGAAAACGUGAUAUAAGUAUGCCAAACAAGAAGCAGUACACUCACUGUGUGAACCCCAGUAGCAAUACUUGGUCCUGCUUAUUAAUGUAAAUUUCUUUUUAAAGUUUAAAGAAAUUUCUCUAAAGCGAUCGUUUAGAAAGGAUACUAGUCAAAACUAGACGUAACUUUUGCCAAAAAUAUGUCCAAAUAUUUUUAAAGAGUAGUGCAAUUUCCAUUAUAAUAUCUAAAGAGCCAUUAAAAGUACAAUUUAUUAUUUAGAAGUAAUGAUUGAGUUAAUUAUUUAGUAAGAGUAAUAUAUAUUUCAACCUUUGUUGUGCCUUUAAGGUCACCAUUAAAUGAUUUUUUGUUAUCACUUUCAGUGCUGGUAUUAACCAAAGACUUGUAGAUGCAUAGUAGUUAAUUUAUUCUAUAGGUACAAAACUUCCAUUGAAAAUUUUAUUUGUAUCGGAAGUGCACAAGUGCGUUGGCGGUAUCAAAAUCUGGCUUCCAAAUUGAACCGAAAGCCGUUAAGCCAUUAAUACUUUUUUUACUGCCGCAUUCACCACAUUUAUUACCAAUCGAGAUUUCGUUGGAAUGUCUUCCACUGUCUUCUUGUAGGUUAUAUACGUAUUUUUAGUCGUUAACGCAACUUGGGGUGCUACAUAGUCUUCCUACGUCACCUAUUUUAUUAAUUUUUUUUAUUGCAACGACAAUUUCUUCGAUACUCGACACACUUGUGCACCAGAGAAAGUAUGAGUAAGAAAAAACGAACGGCGUAAGCUCUAAAUUGAUGAGCAAGUCUACCUGUAAAUAAAUGUUCUCAAUUUUUCAUACUUCAAACGUUAUAAGUACAGCUAGGCAUAAUACUGUAUAAUAAAAUUGUAAAUUGUACAAUUCAUUAUCCAUGGUCUUGUCACUGUAUAAAUUAAAACAAUUUGAAAAUAAUAAGUAAUUUUGUGACUGAAAUAUAAUUUUAUAUUAAUAUUACAAAAACGCAGCGGUUGUCAGCUUGACGUUUUUAAAGAUUUAUAUUUUUAAGUAAAUGGAUGUAUAUAUUAUAGUAAAAUUACAAAAAAUCAGUUCGGAGGUUCAGUAGAUAUUUCGAAAUCUUAUUGUUUUCAAAUUUUUUCAGAGUACCAUAGUAAUAAUUGUCACUAGUCAUAAGAUAGCCAAAGCCAAAUUGCCAAAAUGUUAACUUAGCUUUUAAUUUUGCUAGUCAUAAUUUAGUUUAGUAACAUGUUUAUUUUCAAUAAACAAUAAAUCGUCAGCUAUAGAGUGUAGAUUUAAAUUUUAAGUGAGUGUAAAAAUUUCUAUCUGGAACGGGCAAUGUAAAUUGUAGAAUCGUGUUCAAGUGAACUUUGAGUUUUUCUUCGUUUGAUUUUAGAAGAAGGGUGAUGUUUGCUGCCAUAUUACGUUUAAAGAGCAUUACUUUAUCUGUUGGUUCCUCUGACGACUGCAGAAAACGUAUUUUAUGCUGUACAUAUUUUAUCAUUUUUCUUGAACAUUCGUAUGUAAAUCGUUCGAGUUUUAGUCGUCAGCCGUAGAACCUACGAUCAAAAUAGCAAAUCUGAAUAAUUUAUUAUUGUAUAAAGUUAAUAUUUUAUAAGCUGAAUAAAUUUAUAAAUAUGAUAUUUGUAAUUUGUCCAUUUGUCGAGUCUAAAUUUUCACAUUACUCUUUUAUAUUCUCUGAAUAUAAAUAUGACACAAUCGAGAACUUGUUGCUCAGGAUGUUGUAAUAUGAAAGACUUAUAACUUUCCGUUUUAGAAUCACCGCUACAAAUAAUGUCUUGUAUAUUUUCAAAGACUGACAGUCACAGACUUACUAUGAAAAGUAAAACACAACGAACUGAAAAUACAAAGAUUUUGAAACGGAGGGUACUGCAUAAAGACGUGUAUAUAAACAAUAUAAAUCUGCAGGUUCUCGUGGGUUUGCAAGUACUGUAAAUACUAGUUUUGAAACAAGAAGACGCCAAAUAUUUUCAGUUGACAUUAACCAAAGCAUCCACCACUUUUAUUUCACUGUCAAAAUUAUAGAUAAUCAGGGUAUAUAUUCCAUUGUUUGGUUUUUAUAUAUAAUUCUUGUAUCUAUUAAUUGUUUCAUUAAAUUGUAUAUAAAAUACAAA